UAAGGUAGAGAGAACGGAGCCAGACCCGCCAGCCGCAUAAGCACAGUGCUGUAGGAGACGGCGGCGGCUUCGUGGUAGAACGGGGCCAAGGCCGACGGCUUGCUGGCCGUGAGCUCGGCUCCGGUGAUCCCUCCUCUCUCUCUCUCUCUGAUCUGGUGGAGUGGAGAUCCACCGCGACGUCGACUGGUUUCUUCUUCCGUUGGGGAGCCUCGGGCUGAGAGAAUGCAAGACCCAAGAGGUGAUGAUUUCUCAAAGGUGCAUAAGAAGAAGCUUGUGCAUCGGCCGCUGCCAUCAGGCCAGCUCAAGGGUGAAACCGAACUGCUGCGGAAGGAGGUUCCACAUCCGUCGGGCAAGGUCCAAAAGCCACCUAAAAGAAGCUUCAAGAAUGAGCCUCGCCUUCCCUCUCCUCGCUCCGACAGAGGAACUCCGGAUUCCCUGCCGGAUUCUGGUCCUAUGGAUGAAUACCGGGCAUUAAGGAGGAAGUACCUGCUGCUGGAAGAAGAGAACCUCACGCUGGACAAUCAGUUGAGCAUGGAAGAUGAGGAAAUCAAGGCUCUUGAGGAUGAAAAGUUUGCGCUGCUUGAUCAGCUAGUUGUCUUGGAAGGCCUAGUGGACCCGUCACAGCUGCAGCCACAGCGUAGGCUGUGAGGUGUUUUGCUUCUAUGUUUGGUCUCGUUCAUAAUGUAAUUCAGCAACCAGUACUCCAGUGGUGGUUUCUACUUUGUAGGUGUAACAAUUGUAGUCGAACAGCGAAAACCUAUGAUGUCAGAUAUUAAGUUUGAAAACUCUUAGAUGAUGAAUGCUUGCAGGCUCGGCAACUUGUUACAUGUAAGAUGAAAGAGUAUGAGGAUUCAGAUGAAAAUUUGGUUGCGAAGGUA